AUGGCAUUUGAGGAAAAUGAGGUACUUCUUCUAGGAAUUUCACACUCUAAUUUGGGUCAAGGGCUCUGGUAUCUUGACACAAGAGCCACCUCACACAUGACGGGGGAGAGAUCACUCGUCCAAGACUUAGAUGAGUCACAUUAGGAGAGAGUGAGAUUUGGUGAUGACUCUCGCAUCACAUCGAAGGUAGAAGUGAUAUUUUUUUGAAUACAAGAAGUGGAGAUCUGAUUACUCUAUCUAAUGUCCUAUACACACCAAGCUUAAGAGCUAAUAUCUGAAGUCUUGGAAGAUUGGAUGAACAAGGCUAUGAUAUUCACCUACACAAUGGAAUUCUGACCACUCACAGUCCCCAAGGGAGAUUGUUGACUAAAGUUAGAAGAAAUUCGGGAAGACUGUAUUUGUUGAAGCUCAAUAUGGUGGAGAAUUAUUUUCACAUUAGAGAUGAUGCCUCGUGGCUAUGGUACAAGAGGUAUGGACAUCUGAACUUCAGUUCUUUAAAGCUUCUUUCGACACAUAAUAUGGUGAUAGGACUCUCGAAAAUUCAAGAGGAGGAUCUUUGUGUUGACUAUGUGAAGUCAAAGUAAAGUAGAACACCGUUCUCAUCAGCCUCUUCAUUUAGAGCUUCACAACCACUAGAAUUAAUUCACGGUGAUUUAUGCGGUCCUAUUGAUUCUGAAACUCCGGGAGGAAGUAAGCACUUCUUGCUUUUAGUGGAUGAUCACAUAAGACUGACAUGGAUCUCUUUGCUUAAAAAGAAGUCAGAGGCUUUUAAUACUUUUAAGAGUCUUAAAUCACUAGCUGAGGCUGAAAAGUCUGUGAAAAUCAGUUGUCUAAGAAUAGACCAAGAUGGAGAGUUCAAUUCAAAAGAAUUCUCUAGUUUUUGUGAAGAACAUGGCAUCAAGAGGCAGCUCAGAGUAUCUAUUCUCCACAACAGAAUAGAGUGGUGGAGAGAUGCAAUCGUACUGUUAUAAACAUGGUAAGAUCCAUGUUCAAGUCAGAGAAUGUACCUUAGAAAUUUUGGGGAGAAGUCGCAAGCACUGUAGUCUUGAGAAUCCAUGUACCUAUUGAAUUGAGCUCCAACUAGAAGUCUUGAGAAUUUAACUCCAUAUGAAGCUUGGACUGAGAAAAAACCUAAUAUUACCCAUCUUCGUACCUUUGGGUGUGUUAUGUAUGUUAAAAUGUCAGGUAAAAGUUUGAAGAAAUUGGAUGUUAGAAGUCUUUUUAUGAUUUUUCUCGGCUAUGAAAGGGGCAUUAAAGGUUUUCAAGCUUUUGAUCCAUCCACUGGCUCUAUGCACAUCACGAGGGAUGCUGUCUUUCAAGAGAAGCGUUGGAAUUAAGAGAACUCUAACAUGAAGACAAAGUCAGGUUUGAAUCUCACUUGCUCGAUUUUUAAUCCAGAUGUUGAGUAGGUCAAUGAUAGUAUUAAACCAGAAGAGAUUACCUCUGAUGUGGCUGAUAAGGAAAUAGAAGAUGUGCCAGCUAAUAUUUCUAGCUCACCUGAUUAGAGUCAACCUCAAAGAUUCAAAGAUCUCACUCAGCUCUAUGCUAAAACUUGA